CAACACUUUCAAACUACAAAAAAAAAAAAUAAAAAAAAAAAUACAUUAAAAUCUUCAUCCCAAGAUUCAUUUAAACUAGAGAGAUCACCUUCAUUUCAUAUGGAAGACUUCUCCUCUUUUCCAAUGGAGAAAACAGGCAAAAUUAUCAGAAGAUCAAUCUUUACUUUUCUUCAAAACUAUCAGUUUUUCACAUCAACAGCAGCAAUCUUGGCUUUUCCUUUUGCUGCUUCGACUCUUGUGUGUCAAGCUUCCUUGCCGUCGUCUCCCUUGUUUGCAUUAGUCCAGGGCCGCCUACGAACCCUUUUCCUCGCAGCAGGGUUCCCUCCCUCGUCCGACUUGUUCAACAUUCUCAACCUCAAACUCUCUCAAACCACUGUCACAUUUCUUCUUGUACUUCCCUUUAGUCUCACUUUUCUCCUCUUUGCUAAGGCAUUGAUAAUAAAAGCCCUUUUCUAUCAAGAAAAUAGGCAUUUUUCUUCUUGGAACAAACUAUUCAAAUCCCUUUACCUCACACAAAUUUGCAACUUAUUGUUCAUUCUUUCUGCAAAUGCUACUUGUUUCUCUCUUCUACUUGUCGCAUUCAAUUUCUUCGAUCUAUUAGGCCUUUCUUCUUCGGGGCACCUCCUAUUUCUUUCAGCGCUCGGAAUAGUUAUCUACUCGGUAAUUCUUGCCAAUGCGUACGUCUUAUGCAACUUGGCAAUCGUGUUGUCAGGAGUGGAGAAGCGCGGCGGAUUUACAUCAAUUCUCAAGGCCUUUCUUCUGAUCCGAGGUCGAACUGCAACAGCAUUGUCAUUAGCCCUGCCUUUCAAUAUAGCUAUGGCUUCCAUCGAAGCUUUGUUUCAAUACCGCGUUAUACCGUCGUUGGUUGCAUGUUUUUCAAGAGUUGCAGAACAGAAUUACAGAUUGAUCAGGAGAAUUUGUUUUCAGAAAUCAAAGAGGAUUCUCCAAUGCCAUUCAUUUUACACUCAAAUUCUGUCAAUAAAGUUGGUAAAGGAGAUUUUGUAUUGCUGA